GUUCUUUUUUUAGCGUUCAGGAAAUUGGAGUAUGAUGUGAGUGUAUUUUCAGAGUUUAUACAAGGUAUAUCACAGUUCAGCGUUAAAGGAGACAAGAAUGUUAAACUUAAAUUCGCUUUCCGCAUUUACGAUAUCGAUAGAGAUGGUUUCAUAUCAAAUGGAGAAUUGUUCCAGGUACUGAAAAUGAUGGUCGGUAAUAAUUUAAAAGAUUCGCAACUGCAACAAAUUGUCGACAAAACGAUAUUAUUCCAUGAUAAGGAUGGCGACGGAAGAAUAUCAUUUCAGGAGUUUUGCGACGUGGUUGGAACUUUGGACGUCCACGAGAAGAUGGUGGUGAAACCGUGA